ACUCAGCCACUGCUUGUUGGAGGCUGCCGUUCCUCCAGGAGGGCCAUGGCACGCUGCCCCUCCUUCUCCAGCCCUUCCAUGAAGGCCUUCCAGGAGCUGCGGGAGGAGCCAAGGCUUGGCAGGGGGGAGGGCUCUGAGAUGGCCAGGACCCUGCAGAGCAGGAGAGCGCACGAGGAUCCCUUGGAGUGCCGGGACCCUGUGGUGCAGAAUGCCCUUUACACGGGGAACCUGGCUGAGGUGCAGCGACACUUCUCCCAACGGUCUGCAGUCAACCUGCUCAUCCACGCCGAGGGUCAGGAUCUGCGCUGGACCAGUCAGAAAUGGGGGCUGUGGUCUCUGACCUACGAGCAGGAGCUCACCACGCCGCUGCACAUCACGGCCAGCCGCGGCUACCUGGACUGCUUGCGCCACUUGCUGCUGCGCGGAGCCGAAGUGGAUCUGGCGCCCGGUGGACAGACCGCCCUGCACGCGGCUUGCGGGGCGGCCACUGCCGACUGCGUCCAGCUCCUGCUCUCUUUUGGCGCUGACCCCGGGGCCGUCUCCGAAGGCGGAUUUCAGCCCCUCCACCUCUGCCGGAACCCCGGCUCGAGCGAGUGCGCCCGCCUUCUGUUGAGCCACGGGGCGGUGGUGAAUUGCGAGUCCGAGGAGGAAGGGGACACUCCGCUGCACGUGGCGGCUCGGCAAGGCUUGGCGGAACACGUGCGCCUCUUCCUGAGCUACGGGGCAGCCCUGGAGGCCAAGAACGCCGAGGGGGAAACCCCGCUGAUCGCCGCCUGCGCCCUGGCUCACUCCGCCCAGGCGGCGGACGCUUACUACGAAGUGUGCCGACUGCUAGUGGAAGCCGGCGCCCGGGUGAACGCCGCCGACCGCGACCGCCAGCGCCCGCUGCACCAGGCCUGCAAGAAUGCCAACUCACGCGUGGUGGCGCUGCUCCUGGCCCACGGCGCCAACGUCAACAUCAUGAGCUACAGCGGCAAUACGGCACUCCACAACGCCCUGCAGGUGGCGGCCUACCGCCUGGACCACCGGCCGGAGUUGGUGGUGCGCCAACUGCUCAACCACGGCGCCGUCCGCGUCUGGCCUGGGGCGCUGCUCAAGGUGCUGCGCCACUGCUGCGGUUCCCCUCGGACGGUGGAGACCCUGCUCAACUGCUACGUGCGAGUGCCCGUCACCGAGGCCUGGCAGCACGCUGUCCCAGAAGAGCUGGUACACCAGCACCCGCGGUUCUUCCGGUCUCUCUUCGCCCUUGGCCAGGGACCCCGCAGCCUGCAACACCUGGCCAGGUGUGCUCUUCGUAGCUGCUUGGAAGGCCGUCUCCUCCAGGCCCUGCCCCACCUGCAGCUGCCCUCCGCCUUGCAUCAGUUCGUGCUGCUUCGCUUCGAGGACGUCCUUUACUAGCCCUUCUCAGCCCCCACCCCGGGCGUGGUAGUCGGAGGCUGCCUGGAAUCCCAGCCGAGCGAAGCGCCCGCACCUUCACCCUUCAGUCCAGGCCGGACAGGUAUGGCGGGCCCUGGCUUCCACCGAGAGCCCGAUGGGCCUGGAGCACUCCGACCGAUCCGGAUGGCGCAGGUGGAAGGAGGCGGCAAUGAAGGUGGAUCGCCUUCCCGGCGGGAACCUCUCCGAGGCGAGCCCGAAGAAAGAUCCAGCGGUCUGCCAGAGAUCCAGAAGACAAAAAGAGAGUAUAUGCGCACGGGUGCCGCGCCUCGUUUCAUCGGAGCUGGGAGCGGAGAGACUCAAGGUGCCUCCCUGCCGGCUUUACGAGUAGGGCUCCAGUGAGCCCGAGCAGACCAAGCCAGGCAGAAGCUCCAGACGCCUGGAUGCCCCGUCCCGGCCUAGCCUCCUUGCGAGCCCCUGGCCUAUUCCGGCUGCUUCCCUGCCGGAGCACUUGUUCCCCAGAGUGACAGAGCCCCCACUAUGAAUCCCCAAACCGACGUGGGUUGCUGGAAAUGCAGGUGAAAGCAAACCGGUGGAGAACCUGAUCCGCAGGCGCGGAGAAACCCCUUCUCAUCCGUCCGCUCCCCCUUUUUCUCUCCCCCCUCCCUCAGCCUUUCUCUGGCGUGUGGAGAGCUCCCUGUUUUUUUGUAGAUUGCCCGGGUGUGUAAUAAAGAGGCUACUUCUUCA